UCACUUACCUUCUUGAUGAGGUACAGAAAGUUUUUUAGUUUUCUAGGGUUUGAUCCGAUUGACAAGCAAUUCAAGGCAUUGUUCAUUGCUUAUCCAUAUUGUUCUGAUGAUCAGGAAAUUCUGACAGUAGGAACUGAAAAAAUGGAAUGGAGGAAGAUCCAUUGUCCCUUAACCCAUCAUCCUAUUUCUAAAGGGAUAUGCAUCAACGGGGUUUUGUAUUACUUCGCUUGCGGAAUUGUUCGAACGUCUGAUGAUGAAAAUUAUGAAGAUGUGAUUGUUUGCUUUGAUGUUAGGUAUGAGAAAUUUAAAUUUAUUGAUGCAAAUUUCUUUCGUGAUCGCGAUCAAGUUUUAGAUAUUACUGAAUUGAUUUGGAUAAACUAUAAGGGUAAAUUAUGUGCGAUUAGUUGGGGGAUACUUUGUGGUAACACUGGUGGAAGGAUGUUGCGUAUGUGGGUUCUAGAGGAUGUUGAGAAACAUGAAUGGUCGAAAUAUGUCUACACUUUGACGGAGAAUGAAGUCAUUAAAGACUUGUAUGAUUUAAUCGUUGGAGUGACUGCUACAGGUGAAAUUGUUUUUUCUAAGAAGAAUGAUACAUCUAGACCAGUUUACGCUAUUGUAGACCUUGUAGAGGAUCUUAAUAUUAACGAUGCAAAGGAACUCAAGUCAAGCUCAGUAAACCAAGGCCUAAGUAUCAUCAGAAAAAGGCCCACAACCACAACGUCGUCUGACCUCUGAAAGUCUACUCCAUCAAUGAAUAAGCAGCCGACGACAUUCCUCCUAGAGUGGGGGCAUUUGUGGAUUUGUUGUUGGCUUAUCUGAUCUUGGAAGCCAACCCAAGUUCAUGUAUAAGAGUCUAGCUAUUGUGGCUGUGAAUGUGACUUUUCAUUUACAGGUUAUGUUGUGUGAGUUUUCUCACUUAUGUUGGCUUAGCAUUUUGUUCUCUCUGUUAACUU